GCAAGUGACCGGACACAUACACACACGUUCGUGCGAGUCAGACGACCCGAAUAUCCUUAUACGCUCGUUCGUACGACUCAGUAUCAUCAACUCACCCGUGCAGCAGCUUGUCACCACGGAUAUUGGUAUUCGUCUUGGGACUCGUCGUCCGGUUUCCGGAAAAUUCGUUUUGAAACAAUUUCAGCGUUAUCCUGGUCCAGCGAUUCGGAAACGGAACGCAGUCGCCCGGCCGAUUUGUCUCGACCGCUUCAAACGCCUCCGGUGCGUUAUCGUACUGCGUUAUCAUAAUAUCUAGGUCUCCGGCCUCGAAAACGAUGUCCUCUUCGACAGUGUCUUCAGAUUAGCAACCGGCCGUCUACAAUUUUCAGUGAUGCGGCAAUGUAGCUCUUCAUAUCGGAUGUCUGGUUUAGAUCGGCGAACAAACGUAGACAUACAAAUUUUGAGUGCUGCUAGUAAAGCAAUUGCAGAAAAAUGCUUUUGGAACGCGUGCAAAGCAUUAUCUUUUGGAUUGUUUCUGAUGGCUGUCGGAGCCAUAAUGGCCAUUAUUGGAUAUUACGCGGAACAGCUUUCAUCAGAUGAUAUUGUUACUAAAACUGAUAUUGGAAAUUCGAGUACAUCCAUACGUACAGCAAAAACAACAAAAAAAUCAUCUCAUAUAUAUAAAUUGUCAUAUGCUGGACCAAUUGUGAUGGGCGUUGGAGGGUUCAUCGUGGUGGCGGCAUGCGUGAUGACGUUCGAGGCGCGCGACCGGGCGGCGAAAUUCAUGUCCAACCAAUUGAAAAUAAUGGGCGGCGGUGGCGGCGGCGGCGGUACCUUGUCGGGUCAUCGCGGCCACGGCCGGCAGACGCCGUCCGCCGGUUACCUGUCCAGGGGCGACAGCGGCCGGAGCAGCUACCAGAACCCGUGCGACGGCGGACGGCACAAGAUGAACAAGAGCCCGUCGGCGCCCAAUCUGGCGGCCGCCGCGUCGUCGUCGAACCGCGGCCCGGGCGGCGCCGGACAGCCGGGCGUCGGCAGGCUGCCACUGCGGCACAAGCACGCCAUGCACGUGCUGUCGUCGAGCGGCGGCCGAGCGCUGCUCAGCCCGCACACGCUGCGCCGGCAGGCCAUGUCGAUGGACACGCAAGACUACAACCCGCUGUUCUCGCCGCCCCGUUCCCGGCACAGCAGCUCUGGCCUGUUGGCGUACAGCAACAGCAACUGCAGCAACGUCUUUGGAAACUUCAACUGCAACGGCAACAAGCGGCGGCGACGGCAGCAGGAGUCGUCAACGGACCCGAUGAGGACGUCGUAGGGAUCGCGGGGCUCGAUGGUGCUGGACCUGCACGUGCCCAACGAGUGUCCGGUGACGAUGCGGGUGCGGGACAGGAGCCGCCGGUCGGACACGGCCAAGCGGCAGCUGCGCAGGCAGACGCCCGUCGAGUUGGACGACACGAUCGUCGCGUACGCGGCCACGGCGGGCGACCACGCACGUCCGCAGCAGGCCAAGCGGUGCACCACGCGGUCGGCCACUUGCGACGUGCCGAGUCACGCGGUCAAGUCGAAGCGCAGGCGACAGGACUCGAGUUGCUCGGACGUGGUGGCGGCCCGUCGGCGGUCCGGUUCGCCGGGUGUGCGGCGGCGAGGCGGCGGCAGUUGCGGCGGCAGUUGCAGGCGGCGGCGCGGAUGGCGUUCGUCGGCCAACGACGUCGCCGACGCCGCCGAGUGGGCCAGGACUGAACCGAACGCCGGCGGCGGUUCGGCCGUGUCGUCGCCGCAACAGUCCGCCGACCGGCAGACGACCGGUACGACGCCCGUGCGACCGCAGUCUCCGCCGGCCACCGACGCGGACAGCAGCAAGAUGUCGCUGUCCAGGACGUGUUCCGACAUCGUGUCCAUCGACAAGUCGUUCGAAGAGUCUAACUACAAUAGUUCGUAGACAGACGAUUUGCCGUGUGCGCUUGACUCGCAAUCCACUCGAGAGUGAUCAUCUCGGUCUGUACACGCGUAUAAUAUUAUUAUUAUUAUAAUUAUCAUUAUUAUUAUUAUUAUAGUACCGUAUUACGAUAUUGUGUAAUAUAAUUAGGCGACAUACGACGACAUCGCAAGGGGUGUAUGUAAUUUGCGCCAAAAACAAUCCAAAAAAAUAAAAAUAUAUGUCAUUUGCGCCACAUCUAAAAAUUUAUUUUGGCGAUUUGCGCCAAAUAAAACUAAAUAAAAAGGCAUUGUAUAAUUUGUACCAUCGUUUACCUACUAAAAUUGUAAUUUGCGCCAUUUUUCACCUUAUUAAGUUUAGUAAUAAAAUAUAUAAAAAUUAUGUUGGACACGCGUCGGUACGUAUUAUUGUAUAUAAUAUGUACUAUGCGAUGCAGUAAAUUUAUCUGCUGGUAAAUUCCAACUGCAAUUGAAGUUGAAAGUGUGGCGCAAAUUACAUAUUCCAUUUCAUUUGCUGCCGUGGCGCAAAAUACGAAAAUUAAUUUGUUUAUGUGGCGCGAAAUACUGUUAUAUUUGUAUAUUUUGCCGCAACUUACAUACGUACUUAAAUGUGCCUAUUCGUGGCGCAAAUUACAAGUAAUUAAAUUGGCGCAAAAUACCAUCUCUCACCGCAAGUGUAUAAUAUCAUGUAAUAUUUUAUAGGGUUGACGGUAUUAGAGGACCGGAGGUUUACCAUCAACGGAUAGUGUAAUGCCGUGCGCGGUAUUUCGGUAUCGAACGGUAUGCCGUUCAAGCGGUAUUCGAGUGUUGGCCGGUAAACCGGUUAACCGCAAUACCCGUCAACCCUAAACGAGAUCAUACUUUCGCCGCUGCGUAAUAAUAUUAUACUUCGUGGCGCGCGUCGUCGUGAUGCAUGUCAUAAUAUCAUGUAAACUACCACCUUAAAUCGCCGGUUUACACGUAUAUAUAUAUAUAUAUACGUACUAGCUGACAUCCGAUAUAAAUGAUUAUCGUUGUGUAGUGUAUGUUAUUAUAAAUAUACUUUUUUUUUUUUUUUACAUCCAUAUAAUAUGUACAGUCGUUAAACAUCGAUCUACUUACCGGAUGAUUCGUUUAGCGUAAAACACGUUGUUUAUUUAUUUAUUUUUCUAAAUUUAUAAACGUUUUUGAAAA